AUGUAUUGAAUAGCCGGAAUUGAGCGGAUACAGGGUCGCAGGAUUCCUCCUUCAAGACCUCCCGACCUCUUCUCGGAUAUGUGGGGAGACGCGUCCGGAGCUGACAAGUCACAACACUUGUGAUGGGAGUGAGGUGAUUGCUGUUCCGAGCGGCUACAUAGGCUGCUGCUGAGCGUCGUUCAUUUCCAGAAUUGGGUGUUGCCGAACACCCCGUCUCGAGUGUUCGUUCCUGGAUCUGUAUAGAAUCGAGCCACUUCAUGAAACGGUUGCUACGGAAGGUCGCAUGCGUGUUCAUGCGAAUUCUCCCAAGCACCUUCAUACAUACCGGAAGUCGGUAGAUCAUGUGACAGCCCAGACCUGAUUUGGAAAGGACUAGGUCAAGCUCUGCCUGACAGGCAUUGUGUUUCGUCUCUGUGAAAUAGUAGUGAAAUCUUCUUCGAAGACUCUUGAUAAUACCAAAUUGUUGCACUGUAAACCAAAUUCUUCUUCAUGAGCUCUGACGACCAAUCGGGCCCGAGGAAGCAUCUUCAGUCACCGACCGAUCAUCGUCGAGUGUUGUUCGUCCGAAGCUCCGGGAGUCGUUGCGGACAAGGAGAGCCCCAAAUUCAUUCACCUGAUCCAGAAUAGCUCCGACUUCCCAUCAGCUGUACGGGUUUCGAUUUAGGUUCCAAAGUUAGACCAGACUCUGUAAAGCCUCGCUCUCACACGGUAGAAGAUCACCAAGAUGAUGGGUACUCCGACUUUGUUGCUGCUGGUGCUCAUAGGAGCUGGAUGGUGCCCGAACCUUGUUACAUAUGAAGUCACACUCGGUACAGACGCAUCUCCGUUUCUCUGCAACGAAGAGGGCAGCUUGUGGUGUGCGGGCGACGCGAACGUCGGUUACAAAGGAGUUUUGCACUUGACGCCAAAUGACAGGACCAAGCCUCAAGAAUACGUCGAAACGGCGGGCAUGGCUCUCGUCUCGUCUCCUAUCGACAUGCGAGGAUACCUUUACGGCUGGCAGUCCUUCCGCACACACUUCACUUUCAAAAUCGAGCCCAUCUAUUCGCUUGUACCUGGAGAUGGCUUGGCCUUUGUGAUGAUCGGUAGUAAGGAAAUGGGCUCUGCUGGUGGGAAUUUAGCCGUCUACAACCGUUCCGGGUGGCAGAUCGUCCAGACGGUCGCCAUCGAGUUUGAUACAUAUCAAAACACCGAUCUUGAAGACAAAAAUGCAAACCACGUGGGUGUGGACUUUCAGACUACCAGGUCGAAUAUCUCCAGAGAUGCUUCGGAGGGUGGCAUUUCACUUGCCGGAGGUGAAGUGAUUCACGCCUGGAUCGACUACAGUGCAGUUGACGAGCAGCUGGAAGUUAGGAUUAGGCUUGACGGAAGAAAACCCAGAGACCCAUUCAUCAGCUACUCGGUAGCACUUUCUGAAAUCUUCAGUGGGCCAGUAGCACCAACUUCCCAGCUGCAACUGCAACCUACAUGCCGCUCCCGGACCCGCCUCCAGCAAUCGCACCUCGUGAAUUCAGCUUCAGAGAGCUGCAGACUGUUACCCAUGGUUUCAACCACAUCCACAGAGAAACCAAAUCCGUCUUGAUCUAUAAGGGUACGCUUCGGAUGAGGAUUGGACCAUUAUUGUCUUCGUGGUUCGGAUGGAAGAAGUUAGAUGUGGCCGUGACGGCAUGGACGACCACUAAGUCCAAGGAGUUCGAGUCUAUGAUCCGCUCUCUCCAAAGUGUGCAACAUGGUAACAUUACGAGGUUCUUCGGCUGGUGCACAGAAGGGGACAAAUGCUUCCUGGUGCACGAGUUCAUGCGACGCGGAGACUUGGAGGAUGCCUUGUUCAAGUCGACAGAGUCGCUCUUCUGGAAGGACAGGGUCAAUGUGAUUUUCGACAUAUGUGAAGCCUUAUGCUACCUUCAUAAAAGGGGGAUCCUGCAUCGUCAGGUCAAGGCUAGUAAUAUUCUUCUGGACGAUGUUUCGGACGCGGAGCAGUGUCAUUUUGUCAAAGCUAAGCUCAAUGAUUUUCGGCUGGCGGAGGCAUUGGGACCUGAUGUCAAUAUCCUUGUAGACAAAUCUCUCGCGGAUGGGUGUUCUGUACAUCGGAGUUUCGGGAACCUGACUGCAGAGACUGUCAAGGAAGGAAAAUUCAGAAUCCGACAUCCGACUGAUAUCCGGACUAUCUGACUCUUAUUUGCAGUCCAGAUCUAGACUUCUUUGCAGUCACAUUGACUGUUGUGAAUCAAGUGUCCAUGACAUGUUUUAAAAGCAGCGCGAACAAAUUCAGUGAAUAGUGACAAAAGCGGAAUGAAACUUAAAUGAAAUCUAGAUGAGUAUGCAUAUCUCGAUGCCGAGACUGAAAUGUUUAUAUGCAUUGAAAGGUG